GAGAAUUAAAGCGGCAACCCAAGCAGUAAAAGCACCUGUCGACGAGUGUCACUCUAGUCUCUCCGGCUCUGAAAGCUCUCUCCCGCGGAUCUCCACACCCAUUCUCUCUCUAUUCGUUUCAGUCUCUGGUUCUCUUUCUCUCUCUAUCGAUCGAUCGAUUCGUUAUGGAGACGAAAACGAAAUAUCGUGUGAGUCUCCUCUUUCAGUGACGUGUUAAGCCAUGGAACCUAACGGCGUUUCCGCUUUUCGUCACGAUAAGUCUCCAUCGUCGGAGCGUUUUCUUGAAUUAUUCUCUCAGCCUAUAUCGGAAAAUGGAAGCGGUGAUGUCGCCGGCGCUGGUGAUGAGCUCGACGAAGACGAUGUGUUCUGGACCGGCGACUUCUCUGAACCGAAGCGGAAGCAUCAGUUUGAUCAUCCGUCCAUCAUUACGGCUCGCCGGAACAACUCGAUGGGUUUCCGGAAACCAGACAACUUCGGCAUCCUGGCGGCAUUGCCGGAGGUCGACAAUAAACGGACGUUUGGGGACCGUCAAUUUUUGUACCGAAAAGCUUCAGUUUCUCCUUCUCCUUCUUCGUCGUCGUCGUCAACUUCAUCGUCUUCGCGGAUGAUUCCAACGAUUCCAAAACCUCCUCAAAGCAUUAUGGAGAGAGAGCGUUCGAUGUCAGUACCUGCCGGGAAGUUCCAUCAGUCGGCUCCGGUGAACGUUCCUGUGAUGCCGAAGUGGGCAGCCAGCGGAAGGAAUCGAGCUGUUUUGGAUGAGGAUGAUGACAAGGGAGAGGAUGAAAUGCUACCGCCUCAUGAGAUUGUUGCCAGGGGUUCUGCAAGAUCGUCGAUGACGACCUUUUCGGUUCUUGAAGGCGUCGGGAGAACUUUGAAGGGGAGAGAUCUUCGUCAGGUUCGAAAUGCUGUGUGGCGGAAAACAGGUUUUCUUGAUUGAGGAUUGGAAUUUUUACUCUUAUUUCUUUCUCUGUCCUUAUAAUCCUGUUGGUAGACUUUUUUUUAAUCGUCCCAUGUUUCAACUUGGAAGUGUUUUCCUUUAUUUCUCACCAUGAUCGAGGGCAAGAUGAAUAUAGUUUGAUUCACUUGAUUCAGAAUAAAGUGACUCGCAUCUUACAAUUAUAUGGACGUGAUUGUAUUUUUUGGGGGGCUCUCUUGAACUUGAAUUUGAAUUUGAUUUUUAUUGAAA